AUGCCACCGCACUCAUCUCAUCUUUUACAGCCAUUAGAUGUUAGUUGCUUUGCAGUUUUAAAGCGACUUUAUGGACGAGGAGUCGAGGAGCUAGUACGAGCCGGCACAUAUCAUAUCGAUAAACCAGACUUCCUUUCAAUAUAUCGUGUAGCCCGUACAAGUACUAUGGUCAAAAACACAAUCUGUAAUGGAUUCGCAACUACUGGCCUUGUCCCGUACAACCCAGAUCAAGUAUUGAGUAAAUUACAUACUCAAUUACAUACGCCUACUCCUCCUUUACUUUCUCCAAACCUACUACCUUGGGUCCCUGAGACACCCCAUAAUACAUAUGAGGCAGAUCAGCAAACCCAGACAAUUAAAGCAUCUAUUAAACGACGUACAAACGUUCUCUCAAGCCCUACUGCUAUUGCAUUAGAUCAAUUGGUUAAAGGGUGUAAGAUGGCUAUGCAAUCAGCUACGGUUUUGGCAGAGGAAAAUCGACGUUUACGAGCUGAAUCUGAACGUCAAAAGAAGAAGAAGACUGUGCGACGUCAAUAUAUUGCUACUGGGGGUGUUCUUACAGGUCAGGAAGGGAGGGAACUUAUUCAAAAUAGUGAUAAUAUGGUUUUGGAUGAAGCUGUGGCCCCGCUAAUUGAACCACGAAUUCGUGCACCACGAACCUGUAGUAUAUGUAGAUCACUAGCGCAUACUGCUCCUAGGUGCCCAGAUCGAGAAUAAGAAAGAUAGUAUAGUUUAUAUAAAUAAAUAUUAAGUGGUUAAAGUUCUAUGGUUUUUAAAAGUUGGAUGGUGGGGUAAAAAAUCCGGACUGCUUAUAAAUCCGGACUCCUUAUGAAGUACGUUAGGCCUCUUCUGGUACGGCUGGACUGCCGAAAACGGUGUACAUUGGUUAGGUAUAUCUCUUCCCCGCCCUAAUUUCCCCAAUUCCCAAUUCCCCUUCCCAUCCAACUACAGUACAUCACUAACCCCCUUCAGAAAGUCCCCAUAAUCGGCACAGCAAUAACAGGCUGCGGCAUCAUCGUGAUCUGGAUCUCCAUCCAAGCCUACCUAGUCGACGCCUUCACGACCUACGCCGUCUCCGCCGUGGCAGCAAACACGAUUAUCCGUUCCUUUUUCGGGGCGUUCUUGCCGCUUGCCGGUCAACCUCUGUAUGAUGCGCUGGGACUGGUGCGGGGAAACUCGUUGUUGGCGUUUAUUGCUGUGGCGAUGAUUCCGACGCCGUGGGUGUAUUUGAGGUAUGGGGUGAGGAUGAGGGAGAGGUGGGCUUUGGAGUUGUGA